GGACCCGGAGGGCAUCGGCAUCCCGCCGGGUCCCGGGGGCACGAGUGGGCGCAGCCUGGUUGGUCUCUGAAGCCGAUGAGGAAAUCAGGCGGCGUCACACGCGCCCUCCUGACAGUUCGCCCGGGGCGAAUGUGGCCGGCGGGGUGAGCAGCUCAGAGCCCGGCACCGCGGCCACCUCCAGCGAGGGGCCACUGAGGGCAGGGGCUCUGCCAAGCCCCCCACGGCCCCCCCAGGAACCAUGUUCUCCCGGAAGAAGCGGGAGCUGAUGAAAACCCCCUCCAUCUCCAAGAAGAGCCGGGCGGGAAGCCCCGUCCCACAGGCGCUGCCGGACCUGUCCCGUAAGGACUGCCUGGAGGCAUCCAGCUCUGGCCUGGGGGAUCUGUCCCCCACCAGCUCCAAGCUCAGCACCAGCCCCAGCACCGUGGGCACCCUGAAGCGUCCCACCAGCCUGAGCCGCCAUGCCAGCGCCGCCGGCUUCCCCCUCACCGCAGCCGGCCCCAGGGCAGUGCCCAAGGGCCACAAGACCCCGACAUCCUACAGCCCCCUGGACGGCGGGGAGGGUCCUUUCAUCGACACCGAGGACAUCUCCCAGCUCCUGACGGACGUCGCCCGCUUCGCCGACGCCCUGGAGAAGCUGCGGGACGUGGUGCUGCGGGACGACCCCAAGGAGCCCCAGAGACCGCUGGCCCAUGAGUGUCUGGGUGAAACCCUGAGGAUCCUGCGGCAGGUCAUCAACAAGUACCCUCUGCUCAACACCCUGGAGACCCUGACGGCUGCUGGGACCCUCAUCUCCAAAGUCAAGGGUUUCCAUUAUGAAUCCAACAAUGAGACAGACAAGAGGGAGUUCGAGAAGGCCGUGGAGACCAUCGCAGUGUCCUUCAGCAGCACUGUGUCUGAAUUCCUCAUGGGGGAAGUGGACAGCAGCACCAUCCUCUCCAUCCCACCCAGUGAUCAGAACCAGACCAUGGAGAGUCUGUAUGGGGGGAUUCCUGGGCCUGGAGGAGAUGCUGUGCCUUCAGGCAUGGCAGGCUAUGUCACAGGCCGACCUCCCGUCGAGGCAGUGGACGUGAUGCUGCAGCGCUGCGAGGGGGGGGUUGAUGCUGCCCUCCAGUAUGCCAAAAACAUCUCCAAGUACAUGAAGGAUCUCAUUGGAUACCUGGAGAAAAGGACCACGCUGGAGAUGGAGUUUGCCAAAGGGCUUCAGAAGAUGGCAAACAGCUGCAAGCAAACCAUCAGCCAGGAGACCAACAUGCCUUUCCUGUCCAUCUACCUGCUGGCUCUGGAGCAGGAUAUGGAGCACGGGACGUCGGUUCUGCAGGCUGCCAACACCCUGCAGCAACAAACCUUCCUCCAGCCACUGACAGUGAGACGCCUGGAACAUGAGAAACGGAGGAAGGAGAUCAAGGAGCAGUGGCACCGGGCACAGAGGAAGCUGCAAGAGGCUGAGGGGAACCUGCGCAAGGCCAAGCAGAUCUACAUGCAGCGCAGCGAGGAGCACGACAAGGCCAAGUACAUGGCUGUGAAAGCAGAGGAGGAGCAGCAGAGCACCACCAGCAGCAUCACCACCAAAACCCUGGACAAGAAAAGGAGGCUGGAAGAGGAAGCCAAGAACAAGGCAGACGAGGCCAUGGCCACGUACCGGACCUGUGUGGCAGAUGCAAACACCCAGAAGCAGGAGCUGGAGGAUACCAAAGUGAAUUCCUUGAGGCAGAUCCACGAAGUGAUCAAACAGAGCGACCAGGUCAUCAAGACGGCCACAAUCUCCUUCUACCAGAUCAUGCACAUGCAGACAGCUCCACUGCCUGUCAACUUCCAGACACUGUGUGAAAGCAGCAAGCUCUAUGACCCUGGGCAGCAAUACGCCUCCCACGUCAGGCAGCUGCAGCGAGGGGACGAGCCCGACACCCAGUAUGACUUUGAGCCCUACGUGUCACACAAUGCCUGGUCCCCCUUUACCCGGGCUCGGAAGGGCAGUUUCAAUGCCACCGACUUCUCCCCGAGCGAUGGGGCUGCGCUGCCCAAGGAAGGGGCUGUCUCAGAAGCAGGAGCCAAAGAGCAGCAGAGUGGGGCUGUGGCAGCUGAGCGCAGAGGUGGAAGGGGACACCAGGUCCAUAAAUCCUGGCCAACCACCAUCAGUGAAGCUGACAGCAGCCUGGAUUCAAAUGCAGGGGAGUUCAGCCACAAGCUCCAGCGUCUCUCUUCCAACGGCACCGUGUCCUCCAGCGAAGAGCUGCAGGAGAAGGACGAGAACACCCCCUUUGAGCAGAGCAUCAAUGGCAUCAGCCCAGAGAUGGCAGCUCCCACGGGGCCCUUCCGAAACGUGGGCUUGUCCCGGGCUGCGCAGACGCACCGGCUCAGGAAGCUCCGAGCCCCUUCCAAGUGCCGGGAGUGCAACAGCUACGUUUACUUCCAGGGAGCAGAGUGUGAGGAGUGCUACCUGGCCUGCCACAAGAAGUGUCUGGAGACCUUGGCCAUCCAGUGUGGGCACAAGAAACUCCAAGGGAAGCUGCAGCUUUUUGGGCAAGACUUCACAAAGGCUUCUCAGAGCAGCUCGGAUGGAAUCCCCUUCAUCAUCAAGAAAUGCAUUUCUGAGAUUGAGAAGAGGGCACUGAAAACCAAGGGCAUCUACCGAGUUAACGGGGUCAAGACCCGCGUGGAGAAGCUUUGCCAGGCGUUUGAGAACGGCAAAGAGCUGGUGGAGCUGUCCCAGGCCUCUCCCCAUGACAUCAGCAACGUCUUGAAGCUCUAUCUCAGACAGCUGCCGGAGCCCAUUAUGCCCUUCCGAAUGUACAACGAGCUGAUGGGUCUGGCCAAGGAGAGCUUACAGGGUGGUGAGGGCAAGAGCAAGAGUGGGAAAGGGGGCCCUGAGCUGGUGGACAAAGGAGCUGACACUGACAAGGUGGUGGUGAACCUGGUGCUGAAGCUGAAGGAGCUGCUGAAGGAGCUUCCCCAGGAGAACAUGGCCACUCUCCAGUACCUCCUGCAGCACCUGAGGAGGAUUGUGGAAGUGGAACAGGACAACAAGAUGACCUCGAGCAACCUGGGCAUCGUCUUUGGGCCAACGCUGAUGCGGCCCCGGCCCACGGAUGCCACCAUUUCCCUGUCCUCCCUGGUCGAUUACCCCCACCAGGCUCGUGUCAUCGAGGCUCUCAUCAUCUUCUACCCCACCAUCUUUGAGAACAAGGAGACAGCAGCGCUGUCAGACUCUGGCAGAGAGGAGGAGGAGGCAGCUGCCUGCACCAGCCUGGCUGCUGCAGGCUCCCAGCCCACAGCUCCUCCCAGCAGUGUCCCUUACCUAGAGCUGCCUUCAGAGAAGGGCAGUUUGGAUUUCAGCACCGACUCCUUUGCAGAACCUGGCGACCGCUCCGUCGACUCCGACUCUGAGCUGGAGGACGGUGGGGAGCUGCUGGCUGCUGCUGCUGGGGAGCCACGAACCCACCUCAGGAAACAGGAGAGUGAGACCAGCACAGACGAAGCUCAGUUCUGUGACGAUGGCAGCGAGGGCCGGUGGGACACGGAGGGUCCCGCGUCGCGUUGCCGCAGCCCCCCGGGAGAGGAGCAGAGCGACGCCGAGGAACCCCCCGAGAGCCACCUCCCUGCUGCCAGCACCGUGAACUGCCACACAAACCAGUCCAGCCCAGCAGCCUCGCUGGCUGCUGCCCAGCACCUCGCAGGCAGGUGCCCAGCUGGCAGCGAGCAGCAGCCCCGGGUUGCCUGAGCCACCCGCCAGAAGGGCUGCGGCCGCCGGCACGGGGCAGAGGGACGAGAUGCAGGCGCUGCCCCGGCUGUGGUGGGAGGGGGGUGGGAGGGCAGCACGGAGGGGUUUGGUGUGUCAGCUGCAGGUGAGGUCUUGCUCUUUGGUAGCUGGAGCUUUCACACAAAACCCUUGAACCCUUCAGUUCCUGACAGGGAAAACGGGGUCGGGCUGCCUGGAGCGGUGGGAGCUCCUGCACGGCUCUGGGGAAGGAGCUGCAGUGGGCCAGACCCUUUGGCUGCUCUGGACUGGGAAGGAGUCCGGGGAUUUGCUGUGCCCAUGCCAUGCCAUGAGCUUAAGCUUUUGUGCUCCUUAAUCACACACCUCUGCUGCAGAAGGUGAGAUGGGAGGAGCCGAAGGAUCUGCUCACCCCUCGCUGGCUGAGGUGAGAAGGGCAGGAGAAGGGCACUGCAGGCAGCCACAGGCACUGCCUGGCCAGUUCCUGACCCUCCCAGCCCAGGGAGCAGCUCACUGGGAGCAGCUCACGGCUCUGGAAGUGUUGAGUCUGGCACAGCUGAAGCAAAGUCCCCCCAAUGCCAACCUCAGCUGAAGGGCUGGGGCUGCACCUCUGGGCACCACAGGGUACAUUUAUCACUUAAUAACUGACUCUAUCAGCCAAAGUCCAGCGAUGAAUUUACUGCCUCAGCACUUCUGAGCAACACAGGACUGGAGGAGCAAUGUGCCUCUCCUGGCUGGGCUGACAGGGUUUGCACUGCUGCUUGUAUUUAUGGGCAUUUUCCUACUUGGCAGGAGCCAGGUGAAGAGCAACCCAGUGGCUGUGGGCAAAGCACAGGCUCUGCUGGCUGCAGGAUCCUCAGCACUGCCUCAUCUCUCAGGGUUGGGUUGGGUUUUUUUGUUCUAUAGACUUCUGGUCUCUGAAAAUCUAAGCUGCAAAUGCAAGGCUACAGCUCUGCUCUUGCAGCUGGCCCCGAGAUGGAGCUGGAGUGGGGAGCAGGUCAGCCAGGGGAGAUGCCUCCUUCCCCAUGACCUGACCUGACUCACAGCCCCUGCCACUUGCAAGAGCUUCUGGUAAAGAGAGAACCCUUCACCAGGAAUCCACUACCUCUGCUGGCAAAGGAGCUGAAGAGGGUUACACCAAACCAGCCCAAGUGGGGGGUGUUUUGUAAAGCUACGAGACUUUUCUGCACUGAAGCAUAGAGAAACAAGUAGAGUUUUAGCUUAGAAAGAGCUGAAAGCUGUUUCCUUCUAUUCCCCUGCUUGUUCCUGCUGUCACUGCUGAGUGUGCCACGAGACCCUCAGCCCCACGGGGCAACAGGGUGAGUGAAGACCAAAGAGCCCCUGGCUGGGGUCAGCUGCACAAGGACUGCUGCAGACACCUCACACAGGAGUGACUCAGCCCCACACAGCCCCAAGGAAUUGCACAAACCCAAAGCUGUUCUGUGGUAGAGCCAGAUCCUUCCAGGGCUGGAUGCUGCCAGGCUCUGCCUCACCCCACUGGCUCUGAAGGGAAUCUGCUCCAUGAGAGAUCAUAGAAUGACAGUGGUGGGGGCUGAAAGGGCCUUGCAGAGCUCAUCCAGCCCAACUCCCUGCUAAAGCAGGUUCCCCUCGCUCAGGGGGCACAGGAAUGUGUCCAGGGGGGGUUGGGAACCUACUGAGGAGGCUCCAUGAGCACCAGUGAUGGGGGAUCAGCCACCUCCAGCCCAGGGGAAGAUCACAAAUGCAUCUCAGCAGAGCAAGCCAAAGGUACACAAAACCAGAAGGAAUUUUGUGCUGCAUGAGCCAAAGAAGAGCUGGAGAUGCCAGGGAGAGGUUCUGCUCCACGGCUCUUCCACAGGACAGCUGGAUUAUUCCAGGCCAUUCCCACAGGAGCAGAAUGGGGGGCACCAGCCCUCUCCUGCUGCAGGUACCAAGGGGUGGGCAAGGGGUGAA